AGUUACAUAUGAUGAUCUUGCAGGGGAGGCGCUUCUUUUAAAAUGGCCCUCUAAUUAAAUCCGGAACAGAAAACGGAGGGCGGUGCUUCCGGCCAUUGAUUCAGCACUCGCUCGGAAGCGCGCCAGUUGCUUCCCUUCGUGAGUAACGGAAGCGGCCUAGUUUGAGGUGGCUGCGCCUAGCUCAAUUUUUUUCAUUAUUCCUUUUGGCUUCUCACCCUCUGGGAAGCCUCUGUAUCUGCUUUAGCCGCUUCGAACUGCCCCUGUUGCCUUUCCGCCAUGAAACUCGUGCGAUUUCUUAUGAAACUUAGUCAUGAAACUGUCACCAUUGAACUGAAAAAUGGGACUCAGGUACAUGGAACCAUUACAGGAGUGGAUGUCAGCAUGAAUACCCAUCUUAAAGCUGUAAAGAUGACUUUGAAGAAUAGAGAACCUGUCCAGUUGGAGACAUUGAGCAUUCGAGGCAAUAAUAUCAGAUAUUUUAUUCUGCCAGACAGUUUACCUCUUGAUACUUUGCUGGUAGAUGUUGAACCAAAAGUCAAAUCCAAAAAAAGGGAAGCAGUUGCAGGUAGAGGACGUGGAAGAGGAAGAGGGCGUGGAAGAGGGCGUGGAAGAGGAAGAGGGGGUCCAAGACGAUAAUUUCUUUGUAUCUGUUAUUUAAAAAAGCCCCAAAGUGGGUUUUUUAACAGGUUUUAUAUCAGUUUUAAUAAACAAAUGUGGAAAAUGUGUCACUAAGUUCAA